GAAAGGACACCAUCACUACUGCAGCUCAACACAAUGCUCUGUCUCCCAGUCACUUUGUUCAAGGACUAAAGUAGCGUGGACACUCUCUACCAAACACGAGACUGGAGAGAGUGGACAAGAGACAUUACUAACUGGACAAAAAGAAGAGGAAUGGUUUUACAAAGCUGAGAGGAGACAAAACUGAGAGGAGACAAAGCUGAGAGGAGACAAAACAGAGGAGACAAAACUGAGAGGAGACAAAGCUGAGAGGAGACAAAGCUGAGAGGAGACAAAACUGAGAGGAGACAAAACUGAGAGGAGACAAAACUGAGAGGAGACAAAGCUGAGAGGAGACAAAGCUGAGAGGAGACACCUGCUUUCCUGGACUUGAUAGGAUGACUGGUUUAUGAGGACCAAAGUAAAGAGCCUGGUUUAUGAGGACCAAACUAAAGAGCCUGGACUCAAAACCUCCAUCUCCACUUUCCAACAUCCAACUUUUUGAAGCUAUAGCAUCACUCUCAAAGAAGAAGCUAUAGCACCACUCUCAAAGAAGAAGCUAUAGCACCACUCUCAAAGAAGGAUUGUACUUUUCUCAAACUUGUUCUUUUAGGGAAACAGAGGUAAGGUGAAGAGAGCUCUCCGGUGUGUUGCUUCUCAUUCAGUCACCCCUUGCCGCAGUCCUCUCAUCACCCUCUCCAGGGAGUGUGUGUAUGUGUGAGUGUGUGUGUGUCUGUGAGUUGUCUGCGCUUUUGUAGCACAGGAUGCCCUCGUUAGCCGCGUUGGCUCGGGUGCUGGCGUUGCUUCUCCCUGGGCUGCAGACAGGAUGUGGCUCCGCUACGGUAGCGGGAUCACUUGCGGCGGUGGAUGGAGCUACACGGGGACAGGAGGUGGAGGAGAUCCAGGUGACCCCCUGUCCUUCCUGUGUGCUGGCCCAGAUGAGGAGUGACUACCUGGGCUCGGACCCGGGUUCUGUCCCGGCCCCUCCUGGAUCUGAGUCAGCAUCUGAAUCGGCUCAGACUUCGGCUCAGACGGACAUGGUGGAAGCGGUGAAGCAGCACAUCCUCGACAUGCUCCAUCUCAGCGCGAGGCCCAAUGUCACCCACCCGGUGCCGCGCGCCGCCCUGCUCAACGCCAUCAAGAAACUACACGUGGGCCGCGUGGGCAAGGAUGGCAGCGUGGAGAUCCAGGAGGAGGGGCCGGGGGGCGGCGUGGGGGCGGAGCCGCCCUCCGAGAUCAUCACCUUCGCCGAGCCAGGCGACACUACAUCCGCUGUGACCUUUGACAUUUCCAAGGAGGGCAGUGAGCUCUCAGUGGUGGAGCAGGCCAACGUGUGGCUCUUCCUCAAGCUGGCCAAGGGGCAAGGGCGAGGCAGGGGCAAGGUGAACAUACAGCUUCUGCAGCGCCGCCAGCAGAAGACCAAAGCACCAGGCUUUGCCUUCAACGAGACCCAGGGCGAGGAGGAGGAGUUGGUGUCUGAGAAGAUGGUGGACACGAGGCGCAGCGGCUGGCACACGCUCCCCGUGUCGCACAGCAUCCAGUCCCUCCUGGACACCGGUGGCAGCGUUAUCGAUCUACGAGUCUCCUGCCCGCAGUGCACUGAGGCGGGCGCCACACCCAUCUUGGUCCACACCGAGGGCGAGCAACCAGGACGGGAGAGGGACCAAUCCCACCGGCCUUUCCUCAUGGUCGUAUUGCGGCCCGGCAUGGAGGAACACGCUCGCCGACGCGUCAAACGCGGCCUGGAGUGCGAUGGAAAGAUGCACAUCUGUUGCAAGCGGCAGUUCUAUGUCAACUUCAAGGACAUCGGCUGGAACGACUGGAUCAUCGCGCCGCCGGGCUACCACGCCAACUACUGCGAGGGCGACUGCCCCAGCCAUGUGGCCAGCAUCACGGGCUCCUCGCUGUCCUUCCACUCCACUGUCAUCAACCACUACCGAAUGCGGGGCUACGCGCCCUUCCAGAACACCCAGUCGUGCUGCGUGCCCACGCGGCUACGCGCCAUGUCUAUGCUCUACUACAACGAGGAGCAGAAGAUCAUCAAGAAGGAUAUCCAGAACAUGAUUGUGGACGGGUGUGGCUGCUCAUAAGAGACAAUGAUAGAGAGCAGAUAUAUAUAUAUAUAGACUCACCAAUAACAAGAAGACACCCGUUGGGCCGUUUAUCCCUUCAAACAAAAACAAUACCUUUUUUGGGGGGAAUCAUGUAAAAUAAUUGUUGACUGACUCAUCUGUCCGUUUUGUCUGAUUAUCCGACGGGAAAUUGUGAAGUCUCUAUUUCAGAUUUUAAAAAAGGGAAUACAGAAUAUAUUUUUGUUGAAUGGAGAGCAAGAGUGGGACUACUUAUGUGAUUCCUGCUUCUCUGCACGACAAUGAACUUGGGAACAAUUUUCCCUGAAAGAAAAACCUAUGCAACUGAUCAAGUAUUACCGUGUGGGCUUUUUAAUGUCUCUUUACACAUUAUUGGUGUUUUGAUUUAUUUUUUCAUUUGUAUAAAAGGAAGACUUUUUUUUGCAAAUGUUUUUUUUUUGUUUGUUUUUGUUCAAAUGUGCUUCUUUGUUUCAGUUGUUUUGUAUUGUUACUGUUGAGAGAUACUUGAAAGAAAUAGGUUUGACCAGCUACUGGAGCCAAACACUUUUAUAAUUAAUAACAAGGUUUUUUUUUAAUUAUUAUUAAUAUUUCUGAACUAUUUUGUUUUUUUUACAUGAAAAACAAUUAUUAAUGGUGAAAUUUGCACUAUACCAACAUUCUUGCCAACUUGAUCGCAUUGACGGUAAAACACCAAACAGAUGAAAAGAAACAAACUUCUCAAGCAAAAACAUAUGAAGAGUUUUUUUUCCAACACUGUAAAAAAGAAGUUGUAUAUUUGAAAGAAAUGCGGUUGAGUCUAUCCUAAUCAUGGCAUGGAGUUCCAUGACAGAAAUCUAUCACUUGAUGGUUUAUUUCAGUGACAAAUAAUCAUGUAGUUUAGCUAAAAGUAGUAUUGCUAGGUUUUACACAGUCAAAUGGAACAAAUAACUAUGUUUUUAUGUAUAUAUAUAUAUAUAUAUAUUUAUAAUGAACUGUACACAUGUUACGUAUGACAUCAAUACUUAAAUAUAUGAAACAAUACAAAUCAGUAGAGUAAUAUGAUGUAUGUAAUAUGUGUGUGUAAAACAUUUACAUUUGACCUUUUAGAUACUCUCAUCCAGAGUGACUUUAUCUUAAGAUAUCUAGGUGAGACAACCACAUAUCACAGUCAAAUAUACAGGAUCUGAAAGUUCCAUUCCACCUAAAUAAUGGAGAUAUAUAUAUAUAUAUAUAUAUUCAUAAACAGUCAUUGUUUUACACGUGAAGGUACCCAUAAACAAUUAUUUCUGAUGAAAAAAAAACACACAAAUGUGAACAAAUUGGUGGAUAUAACAUUGUUUUGGAAAUAAACUCUUCAUAUACACACUACAGUUACAGAUCAUAGUCUCUCAAUCAAAGUAACACCAAAGAUAGGAGCACCAUGAGCUUUCAAGUUGAGCAGUUUACCAGAAGGACAAUCUCUACUGAAGCCUCUCGAUUAAUAUUCCUAACAACUAGUGAUGACAAAGACAAAAAACACUUUGAUGUAGGAACACCAUGAAACUUACACUUAAAAGUUUAACAAAAAUACAAAUAAAAUCCGACGGUUAAAUUAUUAUGAUUUUUUUCCCAUAAUUUUCUUUCUUCAACAAUUCUUUCACUGCCAUUUUUCUUGUUCUAAAUGACAAAUUGAAAUUGGAGAACAGUGUAGUUGUAGACAUGUAACAAAUAUGAUAAUAAACAUACUGUAUAACAUGAAAUGUCAUAAAUAACAAAUAUAUAAAGAUCAUUGAAUGUGUUUUAAUUUGGUGAAUUAUUCUUCCUUUGACAAAAGAGAAGACUCUGAAAACAUUUGGACAACUUUACGUACUCUUACUGAACAUGAGGUGUUAUAUUACUUUGUUGUACAAACCACAAAUGUCACUUGUGGAUAUGUUUUUAUAUAAUUUAUUUGGCAGAAAUUGUUGCUUCAUUAUUA